ACUCAAAAAGUGCAGUGCAUCUCUGUUGCGUGCGGUUGCCGCGCAACAAUCCGUAUCUGUCAAAAUUUGUUUUCGUUUCCUCGGUGAGUUUCGAUUUGUUGUGCUUCCGCGCUGCCAAAAAACAGCUGUUCCGAGUGAAAUCCGUAAUUCCCGAAUCGACCGACUAUCCAGGAUGUCAUCCCGCGGGGAUCAGGUUGCCUUGAGCUACCACGAGUCGUGUCUGCGGUUGUCCGACGUGGAACUACUUAAAGGCCCGUUCUGGCUGAACGACCAGAUAAUUUCCUUCUACUUUGAAUACCUGGAGAAGAUGAUCUUCCGGGAUGAGGAGGACUUGCUGUUCGUGAGCCCGGAAGUGACCCAAUGCAUCCGGAUGGUUUCGGAGGAAGAUGUUGGGAUAUUUCUGGAACCGCUGCGCGCCUCGGAGCGGUCGUUUAUAUUUUUCGCGCUGAACGACAACCAGAUAGCGGAUCAGGCCGGAGGAUCGCAUUGGAGCUUGCUGGUGUUCUCCCGGCCGGAAAUGGUGUUCUAUCACUUCGACUCGUCACACAACAGCAACUCGGACAUUUGUCGGCAGUUUGUGACGGCGCUGAAGCGGACGUUGAGGUGUCCCAAGGCGCAACUUCGGACCGGAGAUUGCCUGCAGCAGAGUAACGGAUACGACUGCGGGGUUCAUGUCCUGUGCACCGUGGACAAGGUAACGCAACAAAUCCGGAAGGCGGGGAAGAUCGAGGGCGUCAAGAGUGCGAGAUAUGACGUUAUUCGAGGCAAGCGAGAGGAAGUUCUGAACAUCAUCAUAGACCUGGGCGGGAGGAUCAACUAGGGAGAAUGGCGCGAAAGUUGAGCUUGUAUGGAUUCCACUCCACCGGAAGUGCUUUUUUAGCGAUCAGUGUUUAGAUGCCACCUCCUGAGAUGUCUGAUGUUUCUUCGUAUUGUAGCGUAAAAUUGUUCGUUGAAAUAGAAUAUGUAUAUUUUAUAGACAUUUUUCAAUUGUGCACAGAAAAUUUACGUCUUAUAUUUUGUGAUUCUAGAUUAUAGUAAUUUAUCAAUCCUCGAAAUAGUGAUCGAAAAAUGUAGCCUGCAUUUGAUACAGAAGCACAAACUUCA